UGCUGAGCUCGCUCAGAAUUAUUCUUGAGAACUUAUCUGAUAGGUGAUAAAAAUCAAAUUCAACGCUCUUCUGAUAAGAAGGACUAGAGCAAGAAAAACUGGCGAGGGUGAAAAAUCAAAAUUAGCCACGCAAUUAGCAUAUUUAAUUGCCUAAAUUAAAAAACUGCAGGUGUAAUUUCAAAGAGAUGAUACUUCGAACUCCACUGAUCCUCCUUCAGGUGUGUUGGUUGAUCGGAAUCACCACUGCCAUUCCAUUUAGAAAUAAUCCAAAGAACAUUAAACAGAAUACAAAGAAACUAAAUCAUCUACUAGAAGAUAAAGAAGCCCGAAGACACUUUUAUCAACCUCCAAGAAGGGACAAAUUCAAUCCUCUAUUUGGUCCAAAGUCCCGGAAGGCGUUAGAUUAUUUUGAUGAAUAUCACCCCAAAGAGGAUGUACACUACAAUUCGGAAAGCAGCGAUUUUUUCCCAGAUGAUGUUAAAAAUUAUCCAUAUAUGAAAAAAACCUCCCAAAAUGUCUAUAAGGAUUCUAAAAAAUUACAGAGUUUCCCAAAUUUUCGGCAGAUCUCUCAAGACUAUAGUUCCCUAGAAGACCAAUCUUUAGAUUCUACUGAAGACUCUAGCCAAGAAGACUCUGACUAUUCUGAUGAAGAAGAAAAGUAUGAAGAUUCAAAAACUUCAGCACCUGAAGAUUCAAUCACUUCAACAACUGAAGAUUCAACCACCUUAGCAUCCAAAAAUUCAGAAACCUCAGCACACAAAUCUUCGUUAAGCCCUAAAAUCGAAGAACACAUUUUGGAAAAGAACGUAAUCGAAAAUUGGAUACCAACUAACUGUUCUCGUUCUGCAAGAAAAUCCAAUGAUCGAUACUCCAGUAGUUUUGUAUUCAACAACACGAGAGAUGGUUUAAAUGAAGAUACGUUUCCAAAUCCAGGGGAGGCAGAAUCUGUCAGGCACAGCAGUGUCUUUGUUGGGGAAGAUGUGACACUCUGUUGGAUUGAGAUUAUAACCAUCAAAGAAGACAAGUCAAUCAAACCUCCCAAGAAAGUCGUUUUAAGGGAGUUCACCAUCUCCUUUGAAAACUCUGCUACUAUUCCAGAAAAGUAUUUAGAGUGUGGUAAGCUAGAAGGUGAAGUAGAGCCAGGUUGUCAUAACCAUGGUGGAAAAAGUGGGUUGUUUGAUGUCAUAGAUGAGGACAGCAAGGUUAGCAAGCUAGUUAAUUUUACGACAGUCAGUAACAAGGGGAACAUAGAGGUCAGACAACAUAAGAAUGUUCGUUGUGCUGUUGGUCCUGUUGUGACGAAGAAUGUUAUUGAGUUUAAGGAUGGGUCUAAGAACCCGAAGAAGAGAGUCGAAGUUAAGGUUAGUCCUAGAUUGAGGAGAAUGAGCGAAGCAGGAGAAAAAUGUCCUGCAGAUCAAGAAAAAAUUGACGUCCCACCAAAGAAUAAGCCAGGAGUCACAGAGCUGCCUGAGAAUAAAGGAGAUCCCAAAGGAAAAUCGAAUGAGUUUGAUGAGAUGAUAAGGAAAUCUGAUAGAAAGCCUGAAGAAGUUAGUAAGAAACCAGAAGAAAAACCUGGUAGAAUUCAUGAUAAGCCAGAAGAAGUACCUGAUAUGAUUGACAAAAAGCCAGAAGAAAAACCUCAUCUUAUUACUAAGAAGCCGAUAGGAGAACAUCCAGUUAGUAGAAGACCUAGCAAAUUUAAUCCUUCCACUCUGGACGAAUCAAUACCUCAUGAUGAUGAAGAAAAUGAUAAAGUUAAACUGGUUAAAGAAAUUUCUGAUGUGAGUUCAACUACUCAUAAACAGGAUGACAUUACUGAGAUUGAGAAUCCUGAUUCUUCAGGAUCUCCUAAAGCUCCUAAUGAAUUUGUGAAGAACAAUGAAUCUACACCUGAUCUAGAAAGUAUGGGAGAUGGAGACGGGUCUUGUAAAGGAAAAUCUUGCAAAUCUGAAGGAAAUACUCAGCUACCUCAAUAUGCCAAUACAAGGAAAGCUCUCCAACCUUCUUCUGCAACUCAAAAAAUAUUUGAAGAGUCUACAACUGAAUCACAAUCAACAGAAGAUUCUACUUUAAACAAAUCAGUACUAGAUAAACCAACCGAAGAUAUUUUUAUAAAGAAUCAGGUAACAGCGAGUUCUAUCAGACAACAAACAUCUAGAUCAGAGAUUGAUGAUGAAGAUUUAGGAUUUUCCACAACCGAGAAAUCAUCUACUAGCGUUAUAAUACCAACUGAUAGAAAGCCAUCUGUAGACACGGAAACGACUGAUGAAAGAAAAAUUGACGAAUCAAGAACUAGAGGUCCAAGCGCAAAAAAGUUAGAAGAUGAGACAAAAAAGAAGUUCAUUCCGUCUAAUGAAAGUGGCACUACAACUAGCAUACCUGAAAUAAACCAGGAACCAGAAAAUAAAAGCGAGUUAUGUGAAGGUGAUUGUUCCACAGUACCAACAAAGUCUUCUUCUAAGGUAUACAAGGAAAAUAUAAAACCUGCUAAUGAUGAGAUAAGAAAAUCCGCAACUGUGUCACCAUCUAAUGAGGAAGAAAAACCGUCAGGAAAAGAAUUAGUUGCUUUCCCAACAACAAGGAAAUCCUCAUCUAUUAAUAUACAUCCGUCAGAUGUAGAAACAGAAUCUGUCGCCCCUGAAAUGCAGGAAUUGGAUUCUGAAGAAUCGGGAGGACACCCAACAUCUCUGAGACCACAGGAAGAUAAAGCAAAUGUUCCGUAUAGUUUAGAAGAAGGCACGAGCAAAAGACCUAUACAUAUUUCAUCUAAUAAUUUAGUCCAUGUAGAAGAGGCUGAAAAGGAUUUUACAUGUGAAUCUGGAAGUUGUUUAAAAUCUUUAGAUGAUAUGUCAGUAUCUUCAGAAGGUACAACAAAAUCACCUAAAGGAGGGAAAGAUCCCCAUAGAGAGGGGCGGAAAUCUUCUCUAGGUAGGAUAGAAUCGUCUAAUGACGUAUCAGAACCAGAAGAAUCUCCUGAGAGUACAACAAAAUCUCCUGAAGGUAUAAAAAAAUCUUCUGAAGAUAUGUCAAAAUCGCCUAAUUCACCUAACUCUCCUGAAGAAUCAUUAGAAUCUCCAAAAAGUAUGUCAAACACUCCUAAAGGUACUGUCAAAUUAUUUGAAUCAGUUAAAGACUCGUCAAAAUCUCUUGAAAGUACCACCGAAUCUUUAAAAGGUACAACAAAUUCUAAAGAAAAAUUAAAAGAAGCUCCUGAUGAUGAAUUAAACGCUAAAGCUAGGUCAGAAUAUCCUAAAAGCGAAACAAUAUAUUCCAAAACUGAACCUGAUGAUAAUGAGGGUAUAACUGACAAUUAUUCAGAUGGAGCAGAAUCAAAUCACAGUCCAUCUUUUAUUAAAACAACAAUUUCACCUGAGCAGCAGCCAAGAGAUUUAAAUGAGGGAUCUGAUAGUGAAUUGAAAAAUCGGUCUGGAGAAACACUUCUAGACAGAACUCCUGAAACAACUACUGAAUUGUCUCUUUUAGAAAAAGCAACUCCACAAUGUUCACCCGAUGAUGAGGAAUGCAAUUCUAUCAAUAAAAUUUCGAUCAGUGAACCAGUUUCAAAAAAUAAAGAAUUUAAACCGAAUAAGGAAAUUAACCAAACUGCAAUAUCUAACCCAAAUGUAGAAUUAAAUUUAAAUGGAAGUAUUCCAGAUAUCUUACAUAAAAGUGUUUCAAUGUCUUCUUCAAGUGGGAAACACAGACUGGGUUUAAGAAUAAAGAUACUUUUGGAGCAUAUAAAUGAAAAUGAGGAAAGGAAGAACUUGGUGGAGGUGGAUAAACAUUUGUUGCUGAAUGAAGAUGCAAAUGACCAUGACAAUAAUACAAUAUUGAAUCAAAUCAAAGCUUUGAAUGAUUCCGUCACUGCACAAACUAUAAAGGCUUUGUUAAAUUGUAGUACUUUGGAAAAACUUACUAAGAAGGGAAUCAGUGUUCAGGUUGACGAAGCUGCUUUGGUGCCGAAAGGGAAAGAAGAUUCGAAAAAUUUGGAACCUAAUGAGUUUAUUUUAAGUGUUGAGGAUAAAGGGCUCAAUGGUGAAAAGGUGGCUAAAUUGAGAAGAAAACGAGAUAUUCACGAGGAUAGCUUUAAGGAUGAUAAUUCUACUACUGUCAGCUCCACAGAAGAAACUUCUACUGUCAGUUCCACGGAAGAAAAUUCAACUGAUGCAAAUACAAAAGAAACUAUAUCUACUGUUGAAAAUUCUAGUGAUAAUACUGAAGUCCCUAUACCUAUCGUUGAAAAUGUUACUGAUACGAACACUAAAGCCCCUACAUCUACUGUUCCAAAUUCUACUAAUUACAACACUGAAGACGCUAUCUCCACUACUGAAAAUAUUAAGAAAACCACCUCAGAUUAUAAUCAUUUAGAAGCAGACGACACAAUUAAAAUUCCUUCCGAAACCAUUAAAGAUUAUUUACCAGAUCUUAAAUGGGAUAUCAACACUGGAAUCAACCAUGUAAUUUCAAAACUGAAAAACUGCACAACUUUAAAUAGUUCCGAAGAAUCAGCUGCUAUCAAUUUCUUGCCGAUUUCCAGUAUCUUGGGAAUCAUUUCUGACCCUAAAGAUUCUAGAAUUAAAUCAAGAAAUAAACGAAAUGCUAAAGAUUACGGAAAAGAAAAAUAUGAUUUUGAAAAAUUGGAUAACUGGUCAAACGAAAGAAUUAAGAGAGCCGCUGGUGGUCAUCAUCUCAGGAGCUUAACCGAAUUUACUAUAUUCAGAGAAGCAUAAUUUUGUAUUAUAGUCUAAUUUCUCAAAGACAUAUUGAUGAUUAACUCAAUAAAUUGCUGAUUUAGUAAUUAAUUAA